GAGAUCCCGACCUCCGCCAAUGAGCGGCUGCGCGUGAGCGGUCACGUGACCCCCGGGGACUUGCCGCGUCGGGUCCGGCGCGGCGGAGCCGAGCGGAGUUACGCGCCCGCCCCCUCCCCCCGCCGCCGGAACGCCGGGCCCGCUGGCCGCCCUGGCGGGGACGGGCCCCGCGGCACCGAGCCCCCGGGGGCGCGGGCGGGCAGCCGUUAGCCCUCGGCCUGCGCGGCCUCGCCGCGUCCGCUGAGCGCCCGCAGUGGCAAGACAACGUCUGGGCCUCUGCAGUCUCUCUCCCAGUCGUCUUGGGUUGUUCUGGCCUGUCCACAUCGUUUCUGUAUCUUUCGCGGCUCUGGAUGGCUAUUGAAGAGGGAUGUUCAGUCUAAUGGCAAAUUGCUGCAGCUGGUUAAAACGGUGGCAGGAACCUGUCAGGAAGGUGACACUAAUAAUGGUGGGUCUUGAUAAUGCUGGUAAAACUGCUACAGUCCGAGGAAUUCAAGGAGAGUCUCCUGAAGAUGUGGCUCCAACAGUUGGGUUUUCCAAGAUUGACCUUAAACAGGGACGCUUUGAAGUCACCAUCUUUGAUUUAGGAGGUGGCAAACGAAUUCGAAAUAUCUGGAGAAAUUAUUAUGCUGAGUCCUAUGGUGUAAUAUUUGUUGUGGAUUCCAGUGACAUUGCAAGAAUGGAAGAAACAAAACAAGCCAUGACAGAAGUUUUAAACAGCCCUAAGAUAUCAGGAAAACCCGUAUUAGUGCUGGCAAAUAAGCAGGACAGAGAAGGAGCCCUGUCAGAAGCAGAUGUAAUAGAAUCCUUAUCUCUGGAAAAGCUUGUCAAUGAACACAAGUGUCUAUGUCAAAUCGAACCUUGCUCAGCUAUCAUGGGCUGUGGGAAAAAAAUUGAUAAAUCAAUAAAAAAGGGUUUAUAUUGGCUAUUACAUAUCAUAGCAAAAGAUUUUGAUGCCUUAAAUGAGCGCAUCCAAAGAGACACUACAGAACAAAAAGCGUACGAAGAACAAAAGAAACUAGAACGAGCUGAGCGCGUGAGAAGGAUACGAGAAGAAAGGGAAAGAGAAGAAGGAAGAAAUGUACCUGAUGAGGAAGAUCCUGAGCCUGGGAACUCUGAAAACCCUUUCCAGCCUAUAGCUGCUGUCAUCUCUGAGAAUGAAAAACAAAUUGAAAAAGAAAAGAAGCGGCAAAGGUUGGAGACUGAAAAGGCUACAAGUCUCUUGAAAUCACAAACAGAGCAGGAACAAAUGGAUGCCCAGCACUUAUCAAGUAGCAGCAGCCAAAUCACAAAUGAUAGUAGACUAGAAACAUGCAAUUCUACAACUACACAACUUUUGCAGCAUGAAGAAGAGAGUGAGCAGCAAGCCUCAGAAUGCCUUGACUCAGAUAACAGUAAGAAAAAAAGUAAAAAACCAAAAUUAAAAAGGGGCCACAGAGUAGAACCUGUUAAUACUGAUGAUACUGUUCCCAAAAAUCCUACACCACCACCAGCUCUUCCACCAGUUGGCUGGGGAACUCCCAAACUUAAUAGACUUCGAAAACUUGAGCCUCUUGGUGAAACUCAUCAUGCUGGCAAAUAAUGAGAAGGCGACAAGAAAGAAAAACCAGAUGAAGAGAUUUCUACGGAAAGCCUCUGCCCCCGUUGCCUAUACGCCAAAGACCCAACAGUGAUACCCAUGAUGUCAUUGCUUAACUGGAUCACAAAUAGCAUUUAAAAAACAUGAACACAUUAUAUCAGAAACGUUUUUUCCCUUGAAGGAAUUUUUUUUAAAAUUAUAACUUUAUCGGCUUGUUGCAAAACAACUUGGUGACAAUUAAACAUGGAGUUCGUUCUGUCAUGCUUGGUUGAUCAGACUUUGUCAUUUACUUUUCACAACACCAGCUCUUCUUCAGGAUUCAGCGUGAGAUCAAGUCCAUGGAUGCUCAUAUGAACAUGGUAUUGGAUAUUUAUUGGGUUUACUUGUGAAAAUACAUAGCUGUAAACCUGAAGAAAAAUACCUUCAAGAUCACAGAAUACUGGGUUAUACGUUUUCACCAAGGUCUUUCUCCAGGUGCCGCACAGUGGUUGGUAUUUUUGCAGCUUAUAAAUGAUUCUAAACCAUUUUGUAAGAUUCUAUGAUAGGAUGAAUAUAGAAAGGUUAUGCAACAAAUAUUGAGUAUAUUUUUCUAACUUUUUAUAAAAUUAUUUGGAAGUUGAAUGGAUGUGCAUACCUACUACCAAUAAAAUGACAUCUAGAAAGCAUUAGAAAGCUGAUAGUCAAAUGCAUACCAAUAGAGUAUGUCUGAGUCUUACAUUUCUCUUACAGUAGCAAUACCUCUUAUGAGGGAUUACACUACCAAAUGCUUUUGUCCUAUUUCUGGCAAUCUGAAGGGAGGGGGAAGGUAGAAAGGAAAGUUGAAGAUAAAAAUGUUUUAUACAGAAUUAAUGCUGUUUGAACUGUCUGAAAGUUUUCUUAUGUGUUGUUUUCUUUGUUUUGUUGACUGAGUUCGGCAUAGGUAAUAAAUUCAGUUGCAAAACCAGAGCUGAAUAUUGUAUUGUCUACUAUGUCAUAUGAGAAGAUUGCUCAUAGUAAAAGUUUUGCACUAACUUGGUCAUCAGUUUUCAUGAAAAACUGAAUCAACCCGUAUGCAGCUAAGCUCCAGGAUUUUUUAAUCUUGAUAAUACUAAAAUAUAAGAUCUUGAAAACUAAAGAAACCCCAGAGUCUUAAGGUCUUAUAUAAUACUUCCAUGUAAUGUGUUGAUUUUACUUUAAAAAAAUCACACACAGGUGAUACAUAAACAGCAAGGGUUACAAUUGAUUAUAUUCCUAUUUAAAUGUUUUUUCCUCUUUCCUUGGAGACAACCGUUGGUAUAUUGUGUGAAGGCGUAUCGUUGUGCCACUUGGUCACAGCAAGGAGGAAACCCCCCUUCAAAAGUAUUUUUUGAAGCAGUACUUGAUGGUUUUCUGUCACUCACUCAGUCUUCCACAACAUGGUGUUACCAAAUGAUUUUCAUAGAUGUUAAUGCAAUGUGUAUGUUCGGCACUUUUGAUGUUAGAAAUAUUUGACAUAUACCCCUUAUGGCAAUGAGUUGCACAAAUAAAUAUCUGCCAUAUUAAUGGAAAUUAAAUUAUUAAGAUUCUUUUUAAGAAUAUGUUUGAGUGGAGGAAAAAAAAAAUCAGUCUUAAGAAUAUUAAGUUUGGAUUGGGAGGAGAGGAAUAUUUGAAGUCUGCUAGUUUAGUGUAAGGAUGAAACAAUUUGUAUGUGACUUACCGUGAGAGUAUUUUUGUUGUAUUCUAAUAGGGUAACAUGGUUCAGUUUCAUUCUCAGGAUUUAGUUGUUUUCACUUCAAACACACACGAUAUUAAGUGGAAGGUGUGGUCGCAUAAAAGUUUAUGUGUGCAUUCUCUAUCUUACUAUUUUUAGCUAUACCACUUAAAUUUUUUGGCUUAAAAACUCUUUCACAAGCUUGUAUUUUUACAGCUCCAGUUUCUAGAAAUGUAUUACCCUUUUAACACUUACCUAAAAUAAAUUAAUGGAAGUCUUUAUUAAAAAUAAAACUAAAAACUGCUGUGAUAACAAAACUUGAGAAACUGAAAUGUAAGAUGUCAAUACCUUAUGUGAAACGUGUGUUAUGCGUGUUGUGUGUGUGGACACAUAUCAGUUCUGUUUCUGCUUUUAAAAUAAAUUUUUACAGUAUGUGACCAAUGUACUCAAAAA